GCGCCGUUUGUCGACGGCUGGCACCCUGAGAGGCGGUGAUAGAGAGAGAGAGGGCGUGGCUCUUCAGGCCAAUGGCUGCAGGGAUGGUGAGCGAGCCGUGGGAUUUUGGCAGCACAAGUGAUAUAAUUAAAAGAAUACCACAAGAUCUGUUUGCAGAAUUAUGUGAACAGGUUAUUCAGUAUCUACAGUGCCAGAUCCCAGCUGUAAAUACAAUUGAGCUGUGUCAGAGAUUUCAAGCAGCAGGGAUUGAAAUAGUUGCUAGUGACCUGGCAAAAGUAGUUAAUGCUAUUUCAUUUAUAUUCAGCACAGCAGCAAAAAAUAAACUCUCCUCAGAAGAGCUCUCUACCAGACUGGGCCAUACAGUCAGUUCUCUGCCAAAACAAGCGGUACAGGUUAUUCGACACGUAUGGAAUGAACAGGGAAGAGCCAUCACAGUAGCAGAAAAUGCAAAGAAUGUGGUGGCUGUUGGUCAGCUUAUUGAUUUUCAGUGGAAGUUGGGGGUGACAGUCAGCUCUGACAGCUGUAAAUCUUUGAAAUCCCCUUAUGUGACAAUAGCAGUAAAAGUGGCAGAUGCUUCAGGACACAUCACAAACAAAACUUUUGAAAUGACAGUUCCACAAUUUCAGAACUUCUACAGUAAGUUCAAGGAAAUGGCAAGUGUUCUUGAGACAGUGUGAAUAGCAAACGAGCUCUUCAUUUGAACCAGUUGAACUUUUUAAAUUUUUCUCUGUAAAAUGUAAUGGUUCUGUUAAGGAAAGGUAUAUGAGCUGAUCAUAAUCGGAAUUCCUGCAUGGUAAUGUCCAUCUGCUGAACAGUGGCUGUAUAAAAGAUGAAGAUCCACAUGCUUUAGAAUAUGCACUUUGUUAUUGACUGAAAUUCUACGGGGGUGUGCUGCUUAAGAGAAGAGGAAUGGAGCACACAACUCACACCAUAGUGUUAAAUCCAGAGUGGAGGGAUUCACACGAUAAACUGUUCAUUUGUGCAUAAUUGUGAUUUUUGUGACAUCUGUCAAACAUUUAGCACCCUCUGUAUUUAUAAUCAGUUAAAUUGGAGAUGCAUAGUAUAUGAUUAAUAUGUUACUAAUGAAAAAUAGCAUGCUAUAUAUUUUGGAAGCUACAAUUCCACUCUAUAAAAAAAGGUUUAAUCUAAUAAAAUUAUGGACAUUGAUUGUU